GCCGGCCUGACGUGAACUUUCCUCUACACUUGUUCAGCUGCUUUUUUUAAGCAAAAGCUGAUGUGUUUGAAAAGAAAAACUCCAUAUCUAUAAGCGGGGGCUUUGACCAGAAGGGGGCACGGUGGUCGGCCGCAGAGUUGAAUUGGUUCGGUAUAACUGAGCAAAUAGGGAAAUAGAGAGAUAGAUAGAUUACGACUGCAUCUCAUCUACACGGUUCUCUGACUUGGGUCAGUCAAGAAAGAGUUCAACCCUGCAAGCAUUUCGGCCAAACAAGAAAAACUCGAUCAAGAAGGCAAUUAAAAAUUCAAUCUUUGCAUCCUUCAUCUUUCACGGUUUGACUUUACUUCGCAUCUGCUUAAAGUAAGGAAAUAUUGGUCAAGGAUGUGGUCAAGUUCUGCCCAAAGACUUCAGGCUGGUUUACUAAAAAUCGAGUCUUUUAAUUGACUUCUUCUAAGAGGGUCAGGUUUUGCAGCAAGAAGCUCAUUUGGGAUAUGUACAUACUUUGGUUCUUGAUGGAAAGCUUGAGACAAUAUUAGGUUAAGCAUAUUUGCAAAAAUAUGGGUGGGCUGUGUUCUAGAGGUAUAGUGACUGAAGGUGGCGGUCUUCCACAAGCCAACAAUCACAUAAAUUUUGGUGCUGGGAUGGUUUAUCAGUCGUGUGGUUUGAGGCCCACACAAGUGAACGCCAAUCCUACACAAUCUCAUGAUGUGGGAAGCACUGAUAAGCAGCCAAGUGAUCAUCAGUCUUUUUCUUUCCCGGAAAUUGAUGCUCAUUCCAAUAAGGCCUAUAUGGAUGAUAUCAAUGAUGGGAUUCCUCGCUUAUCUAGAACCCUAUCUCAGAAAUCUCGAUCCACAAGGUCUAGACAAGUGGCCAUGGCAAAGGUUUCAGAAGUGAGUUCACUUUUGGGGAAAGCUGGUGUGAAGGCUUAUGAUGUGUUGGACACACUAGGUAGCAGCAUGACAAACUUAAACUUGAGUGGCGGUUUUGCAUCCAGCAUGGCUACUAAAGGAAAUAAAAUAUCAAUUUUGGCGUUUGAAGUUGCAAACACUAUUGUCAAGGGCGCAAAACUCAUGAAUUCCCUUUCAAGUGAGAACAUUAAACAUAUGAAGGAGGUUGUGCUUCCAUCAGAAGGGGUGCAACGUUUAAUAUCAAAGGAUAUGGAUGAACUCUUUAGAAUUGCUGCGGCAGACAAGAGAGAUGAAUUGAAAAUAUUUUCCGGAGAGGUGGUUCGUUUUGGAAAUCGCUGUAAAGAUCCUCAGUGGCACAAUUUGGACCGUUAUUUUGAGAAGUUAGAAUCAGAACUCACAUUCAACGAACAACUUAAAGAAGAAGCAGAAGUAGAGAUGCAUCAGUUGAUGACAUUCGUUCAGCAUACAGCUGAACUAUAUCAUGAAUUGCAUGCCUUAGACAGAUUCGAGCAGGAUUAUCGGCGUAAGGUUCAGGAAGAUGAUAAUUUAAGUGCCGCUCAGAGAGGAGAUGGUCUUGCAAUGUUAAGGGCCGAGCUAAAAAGUCAGAGGAAACAUGUAAAAAGUUUGAAAAAAAAGUCUCUGUGGUCCAAAAUCUUGGAAGAGGUAAUGGUGAAGCUGGUGGAUAUAGUGCAUUUCCUUCAUUUGGAGAUUCAUGCUAGCUCUGGAAGUGUUGAUGAGGGCAGACCAAUAAAAAACAAUCAUCUAAGGCUGGGAUCUGCAGGUCUUGCAUUGCAUUAUGCAAAUCUUAUUACUCAGAUUGAUACACUUGUAACCCGAUCAUGUUCAGUCCCACCUAAUACAAGAGAUGGUCUUUAUCAGGGUCUGCCCCCAAGCAUAAAGUCUGCUUUGCGAUUCAAGUUACAAUCCUUCCAACUUAAGGAGGAGAUGACUGUCCCUCAAAUCAAAGCAGAAAUGGAGAAAACAUUGCAGUGGCUUGUACCUAUGGCUACCAAUACGACCAAGGCACAUCAUGGCUUUGGAUGGGUUGGAGAAUGGGCCAAUACGGGGUAACCUCAUUAUAUGCAUGGUUAUUCAAACUGAUUAGUUUAAUUUUUGCCACAACAUAUUAUUUUGUUAUAUUUAUGUUAGGGCUGAGAUGAAUCACAAAUGUGGUGGGCAAUCCGAUCUACUUCGAAUAGAGACAUUAUAUCAUGCAGAGAAGGAGAAGACUGAGAAUUACAUUCUUGAACUUGUGGUUUGGUUGCAUCAUCUAGUCAGCCACCAGUCGAAAUCAUCUCCUAAUGGGGCAGGGGUUAGAUCCCCAAUCCGUUCCCCUAAUCAGAAGGCAAUCCAGCUGUCAUGCUAUAAACUGAACCACCCUCCGUCUCCGGCAUUGUCAAUUGAAGACCAAGAGAUGCUUCGCGAUGUAAGCAAGCGGAAGCUGACACCCGGUAUCAGUAAGAGUCAGGAAUUUGGCAUUUCAAAAGCCACGGCCAGGUUGAGCAAGCACAACCAACGUCUUAGUAAGAGCAGUAGCCAUUCGCCUACGACUACGACUGAGAUGAAGAAAGAUCAUUCCUUCUCCAUCAGGCGACCAUUUUCUGUCCCUGUUAUAAACUUUGAUACUGAUCGGGUCAAGGCACUAGACAUCAUUGAUAGACUGGACACGUUCCACAACUAGUUUAAGCUUCAAUAAGCUUUUGUGGGGAAGAGACCACCGUGGUGAAGAGACAUUUCUGCUGCCCGAGUUUUGUACAACCCCACCCACCAGCAUUGUGAAAUGGCUUCAAGGUUAGUGAUCCCCAGCAUUGUUUUUUGGUUGCAGACUUAGGUCACUCGACGAGUAGAAGAAACAAGUCCUGCUGUUAUAUUCCUAUUUCUUGAGUUCUUUCCCCCCAUAGGGUGUUGUUGUAGGGUGAAGAUAUGCACUUCUCAAAUUACUCUCUUACAUGUAUAGAACGAGAAAUCUUUCCCCUUUGAUGUCCUGAAGAAGUUAAUUCAUCAUUUUAAACAGAUUUUAGUUAUGCAAAAGUGCACCUCAUUUAGGAGUAACCUAAAAGCUCACAUGUUAGCCUGUAAUUUAUAUAUGUAGUUUAUAUUUGUUUACGUUGUGUACUUUAUUUGUUAUGUUUUUAACUUUUUACAAUGCCUGCUUAAAAAGUACUUUCAAG